AUGGUGAAUGAAAUGGAAGUGCCGCCGACCACGGCCGAGCGGCUAGAGUUUCUGAGUAAGCUAGAGCCGGGUUUACGCCAUCCGGAUUCACCGGACUGGUUCAAUCGUGAAUACAACGAAAAGUUGAAGCAGUCGUUCAUUUGGGCUGCACCGUACGAUGCUCGUUUUCCACAAGUGCGUAAACAACGUCAAUGCUUUGCGUACUAUGUCGAUUUUCAUCGUUGUCAAGAGUUGAUGGGCGAAGAUUAUAAACCGUGCAAAUUCUUCAAGAACGUCUACAAGGAUAUUUGUCCGGGCUUUUGGGUGGAGAAAUGGGACGAACUCGUUGAAGAAGGACGCUUCCCGGCGAAAAUGACUUAUAAAGGUAUGGUUGGGGAGUUGAUCGACGCAAAAGAGAUCGAACGCAGAGAAUCGUAUAUCCGCGCAUCCAACAGACCCUACAGUCUGAUCGAUCCGUUCACGUGGCGUUAUCCCGAAAAAAGUGCCGCUUGUAUUGGAGGACUUUCGUUGAUUGCGCUUCAUCUGAAUAAUCUUUGGUACAAGAAACCCUUCUAUUACGGUUAA